AUGGGCCCCUAUAUACCGCCUCCUCAUGCUGCUGCCAGGCCCCUAAUCUGCCAUGGGCCCCUAUAUACCGCCUCCUCAUGCUGCUGCCAGGCCCCUAAUCUGCCAUGGGCCCCUAUAUACCGCCUCCUCAUGCUGCUGCCAAGUCCAGAGUCUCUCAUGGGUCCCUGUACGGCCUCCCAUUGCUGCUGUCUCCAUCGCCACACUCUGCCAUGUGCCACUUUCAGGUCUCCUCACACUGCUGGUGUGUUGAAUUUUUUGACAUAGGGUGCUGGCAGAUUACGGGCCUCCUAUAGCUGCUGCCAGGCCCCUAAUCUGCCAUGGGCCCCUAUAUAUACCGCCUCCUCAUGCUGCUGCCAAGUCCAGAGUCUCUCAUGGGUCCCUGUACGGCCUCCCAUUGCUGCUGUCUCCAUCGCCACACUCUGCCAUGUGCCACUUUCAGGUCUCUCACACACUGCUGGUGUGUUGAAUUUUUUGACAUAGGGUGCUG